AUGGCGCAAACAAGACCGAGUGGGUUCUGCGGCACGAAGCUCAUGUGGAUUGCCCAGUUGUCAAACUUCAUCGGAGCAUUCAAUCGCAAUCUGGACUCCCUCUGUGGGCUUUGGAGUGUUAGGAAAGAGUGGGGGCUGCAGUUCAUCCCCAGUAUCUGCCAAACAUGGAAAUGGCGUCAAGCUCUGGAGACGUGGUGUAAUUCCAAUCCGGCUGGUCGCGGUAAUACAAGGCCACAAUGGUGCAGCUCCUGUUCGAGAACGAAAUUCCUUGUUCGAGUCGCCAUGAAAAUUUACAACGUGUUACAUUGCACUGCUGUUUGUCGCACUAUAGAGGGUUCCAGCUUCCGUCUGCACCCGUUGCAUGGGAGACAGAAAGACUCACAUCCAUGCUGUUCUCAAUUCGACGCCUCAAACACAUCGGACCAGUUGACAAUGGCUGACAUUUGCUGUGAUGCAACAAAGUUGUCACACGGACUUUCCCUAAAUACGUGUCAUUUCCGGUCGCACCCUCCAGCGAUUCCAAUCUCACGGGCAUACGGAUGUCUUGCCGGUAAGCUACCUUCUAAUAGUUUCCGUGUUGACAAGACGGACAGGGUAUCAAGGAUCCGUCUAAGUAGCGUCUCGUCCAAGACAUGGCUUCAGUCAACAACAUCCCCACAGGGCCACAGGGAAGGUGUCGGUCUUGUCAUGAAGCUUGGCGGCCCCAAAGUACACGAUCAUCACAAACCGCAUCUUCCGGUAUCGAGCAUGUGGCCGUUGUCCUUUUUCUUUGUCGGAAACAGAAACUCGGAUAUUAUUUUUAAAAAAUAUUCUUCAACUGUAACGUUGGCACGAAAGCAACUGUUCAACAUUUCUUCAUCACGGUUGUCGGCCCUUUUUACAAUUUAA